AUGACUCAGCAGGCUGACCAUGCCUGGGGAGGGAAGGCGUUCGGCUUGCUUAAAGCCCGGCAAGACCGGAGGCUGGCGGAGAUCAACCGGGAGUUCCUCUGUGACCAGAAGUACAGCGAUGAAGAGAACCUGCCGGAAAAGCUUGUGGCCUUCAAAGAGAAGUACAUGGAGUUUGACCUGAACAAUGAAGGCGAAAUUGACCUGAUGUCUCUAAAGAGGAUGAUGGAGAAGCUUGGGGUCCCCAAGACCCACCUGGAGAUGAAGAAGAUGAUCUCCGAGGUGACGGGUGGCGUCAGCGACACCAUCUCCUACCGAGACUUUGUCAACAUGAUGCUGGGGAAGCGCUCGGCCGUGCUCAAGCUAGUCAUGAUGUUUGAAGGAAAAGCCAACGAGAGCAGCCCCAAGCCGGUUGGGCCCCCUCCUGAGAGAGACAUUGCCAGCCUGCCCUGAGCAGACCUGCCCCCAGCUGCCCCUGCCCUCCCUGCCUGCCCCCCAACCUCACUGCGAUUUGUCUCGUUUCAUUGGUCGUGUUUGUGUUUUCACUGGGCAGAAUUAAUGGUCUCUUUGCAAAGCACAGCUAUCUGCCUUAAAGGGCCCCUGGGUCCCCUUCCUUUCUUCUCCCCUCUUCUCUCCUCUCCACGCAGAAGGGCUGACACCACAGCAGAAAGCUGAAGGGUGCAGGGCGCGGGCAGGAAGAGCGGAAGCUGCUUCCAGCUUGGAGCUGACAUCGUCCCUCUUGCCGGGAGGUCUCUGGGUUAAGCCCAUGCUCAGCAGUCUGGCCCCUGUGGCAACUUUGGGCCACUUUCAUUACACCCUAGAGUAGGAGGGACAGGGCCCCAGGGCCCCACUGGGGUGUCCCUGGGCAGCUCUGUAAUCAGUGCUCGGGGUGGUCCAAGAUGUGGCCACGGGAUGCCGCACUGCCCCAGAUGACCCCUCGGGCCAUGCUUCUCAUCCUCAGUGAGAUGACAGGAGGGAAGGAUGGGAGCUUGGCCAUUUCAGCCCUUCAAGAAGGUUCCAGGAGGAAUCUCAACACCCCCCCCCCGGCCCCCAUCCUGGGGUUGGAGCUCACUCAGCCAGGUUCCAGCUUUUAGGGAGGAAGCUGAGGGUAAUAGGGCAGGAGAAAGAGGAAUAAGAUGCCCAUGGCCAAGCACACCAUUGCUACGAGGGGCUGAGGAAAGAGACUAGAAAGACAACCUCUGCCUGCCGGAAAUGACAUGCCCAUCCACUCGCUCCUCACUUCACACCAUUCACUCAUUCACCCAACAGACAUUUAUUGACCACCUAUUAUAAGCUUUAAGUCUUCCCCUCCUCCACUUUGUCCUGAUCAUGUUUGUGUCUGUGUUCCCAACUCAUCUCUCAUUUCCCAAUCAUCCAGAACCUUGAGCUUGGGGACUGGAUUGUGGUCAUCUUGGGCCUUUUACGGACUCACAGGGCUUUAGAGCUUUAGAGCCCUUCUCCCCUCAUACCCCCACCCCCUGAAGGCUAGCUGGACCAGUCCUCUCAUUUCACAGGUGAGAAGCUGGUGGUUCCCUGGGAUUAAGUGUCUUGCUCAAGGUCAGGGGUAAUCUGCAGAGGGGAGAGUCUGGACCAGAGCCCAGGAGUUCUUGUGUCCUGCCUGCUUCUGUGUACUCGGGCUGCCUCUUUCAACAGUCAGAGGGUGUGGUGGGAAUGGGUCGCCUCCUGGAUCAACAGGAGGGGCUGGCUGGGGCCAAGACUCACCCUGCAAGUCUGCAGGAACCAGGCCUCCCUCUGCAGCUCUGCCUUCCGUCUUCUUGACCAAGCCACUUCUCAGACAGGAGGACGACCCACUUGACCCUAUCUAGGCUGAGCAGGGAGCCAACUUUGAUGCACCCACACAGUUAAUAUACUUAUAAUGUGCCAGCUGUGAGCCAGGGCCAAGAACGCAGUGGUGAAAUGGACAGUCUGGAGGAAUUCGGAGUCUGGGGUAGACUCAGAGACAGACAAGUGAGAUGAUCAUUUGGGAAGGGGGAGUGGGGUGAUGACACUGCCAUCCUGGGGGGCUUAGCUGAGCCCAAGGUUGAGCAUGUCGCAAACUUAAGUGAUAGGUUUCGGAGCCAAUGGAGGCUGGCGCCAGCAGGGACUCCACAAGGCUCCCCAGUGCCCCACAAUCACAGGUGCACGGAGCUGCCCGACAGCAUUUGAGAGUGGAGCAGGUUGGGUGGGGAAAGGGCCAGGUUGGGUUAAUCUGUGGUCUCCAGUUCAAGAGCAAGUUAAUUUGGCCAUGACUGGCUGAUUUUCAGCCUAAGGAGCUACUUCAAAUGCACAGGCUUAGUUGAAGUUUAAACCCCAGCAAAACAUUCCUUCCUGUAAAUGUAAAAUCUCACCACCACCCAGCCUUCUGUCUCCCUGAAGUCUGUUGAUGAGCUACUGCCUGUCCCCUCCCCUUCCCACUGCACCUCCUCUCUGGAACAGAGACCUCUGAGCAAGGUCAGCCAUCCCUGACAGCCCACCAUAGGCGGAGUGCCCUGCCCCUCGCUCAGGGAGAUCAGAACCAACAUGAUUCCCAUGGGUUUCAUAGAACAGGAAGUUUAUAGAACAGGAGGAGAGCGGGCGCCUGUGUCCUCAGCUUCUGGAAAGGGCAGGAAAGAGUUCUCUCAUUGGAUGGGGGUGUCUUGGGAAACCCUGCCAGUUCCUUUACCAUUUCUUGGGACUCAGCGCCUGGAGGAAGGGGAGCUCUCAAGUAGCCCUUGGAAAGGGGGGAUUUCUGCAAAUGUUUCAGGUUACGGCUAUUGGCUGGAGCGUUCUUCCAGCUAAGGGCUCAUCUUAGAACUUCAGCUCUCUUCUUUCUAAAAGACCAAAUCUAACUAAUGUAAUGAGCAUCUUGGGGACUGUCAACUAUGGCUUUGCCCUUGUGACUCAAGAGGAAGGAGUUUGUCCAGCAAGUUCAGCUGGACGAAGUUGUGUGUGUGUGUGUGUGUGUGUGUGUGUGUGCGUGUGUGCGCAUGAGUGUGUGAUGUGGGGCAUCAUCUGUUCGGAUGAAAUAAAAC